CGAAGCCGGGCCCCAUGGAUGAUGAGCGCUGGGCGUUCUUUGGCUUCUGCUGCGGUUUCACCCUCACCUCACAUCAACAACGCCCGUACCUAGAUAGGCUGGCCCGUCGGCCGCUCACAUCAAGACAAGAAGAAAAAAAUUCCCCAGCUCGGCCGCUGCAGCACCCGCCCCAAUUUGCGUCGGCACGCACCCUGGGCUGCACCAGACUGGACUCGAUUGGACUCGAGAGAGUCGACGGCCUCGGCUUUGUCACCCUCUUCACCUGCCUCCUCCAGCUCCUCCUUCUCCUCCUCCUCUCGUCUGUCUCCUCCUCUCCUCUCCUCUCCCGUCCCCUCCCCGCCACGCCGUCACGUGCCCAGACCCCUCCCAGCCAGCCAGCCAGCCAGCAAGCAAGCAGCAGUGCCAGUUCGUCUGCCCAGCGCAACCCCCGGCCGAAGCGGGGAGCCUGGGCCUGGCACGUCUUGCGCUCUGCACAGCCUCACCAACUUCCCUCUCAGCUUACUACCGUACCCGUUUCCUUCGCUCCUCGUCGUCACGGUUCCGUGUCGCAGCUGUCCGUCCUCACAGCUCCACCCCCCUUUAUCUCCCCGUGUGCCUGAGGAGCGUACGGCCUCGUCUUCUGCUCCUUUUCUGGGCUUCACUUCAACCGUCGCGCAUUGCCUCGUGGCAAGAAACCCGCCCCCGCCUGACUGGAAGGGUGGUGCUUCGACUUCCGCUGGGCUCCCCCUCACUCGUUCUCCGAGUUGAAUCGCCGCCCACGACGACGACAUGAGCGCCCGUUCCGAGGCUGGGCUGCCCGGCAAGCCCAACCUUCGCGUAACGAUCAUCGCCGCCGAUGGACUAUACAAGCGAGAUGUUUUCCGCUUCCCCGACCCGUUCGCCGUCGCCACCAUCAAUGGCGAGCAGACCAAGACGACGACGGUCAGCAAGCGGACUCUGAACCCGUACUGGAACGAAAGCUUUGACUUCCGCGCCACCGAAGGCAGCAUUCUGGCGGUGCAAGUCUUUGACCAGAAGAAGUUUAAGAAGAAGGACCAGGGCUUUCUCGGCGUCAUCAAUAUUCGAGUCGGAGAUGUCAUGCCGGACCUCGGCGCCGAUGCAGAGGACCAGAUGCUCACCCGAGACCUCAAAAAGUCGACCGACAAUCUCGUCGUCCACGGAAAGCUCAUCAUCAACCUCUCCUGCAACCUGACCACACCCGCCCGUGGUGGACAGGCCUCGAGCAGCCGCCCGACCCUGACGGCACCUGGCGCCUCUAGCAUGUCGAACCUCUCCGCGCCGGUGGGAGAUAACAGACCCGGGUCCGCCAUGUCCGGGCAGAACGCCAUCGCCAAUGGCGCCCAGGUCAACCUUCCCCAUCAUCCUGCCAGCGCCAGCGCUACUCCCAAUCCUUCGGCUGCCAACGGCGGCUCGUCGCGUCCCACAAGCCAGCUAAGUCCGUUCGAGGAUACUCAGGGCCGCCUCCCGGCAGGGUGGGAGCGCCGCGAGGACAACCUCGGCCGGACGUAUUACGUGGACCACAACACUCGUACCACGAGCUGGAACCGACCCACUGCCGGCGGCGCCGCGGAGCAGCGAGGAGAGCGAGAGGCUGCGACGGCCGUAGAACGACAGCGGCACCAGAACCGUACUUUGCCCGAAGAUAGGACCGGCACCAGCUCGCCCACUCUGCAGCAGCAGCAGCAGAGCAACGGGCAGGCUGGUGGUGGCAGCCCGACCACGAGCAACGCCACGCCCGCCAACGCCAGCAACGCUACCAUGAUGCACACAGGCGCCACCAGCCCCGGCACUGGCGAGCUGCCUCCCGGCUGGGAGCAGCGCUGGACGCCCGAGGGACGGCCAUACUUUGUGGACCACAACACCCGCACGACGACUUGGGUCGAUCCUCGCCGUCAGCAGUACAUCAGAAUGUACGGGGGCCAGAACAACGCAAACGGGCAAAUCCAACAGCAGCCCGUUUCGCAACUCGGGCCCCUUCCCAGUGGCUGGGAGAUGCGGCUGACUAACACCGCCCGCGUCUACUUUGUAGACCACAACACGAAGACGACGACCUGGGACGAUCCGCGCUUGCCGUCAUCGCUCGACCAGAACGUGCCUCAGUAUAAGCGUGACUUUAGACGCAAGCUUAUCUACUUCCGGUCGCAGCCGGCCAUGCGUAUCCUCAGCGGACAGUGCCACAUCAAGGUUCGGAGAUCGCACAUUUUCGAGGACUCGUUUGCCGAGAUCACGCGCCAGUCGCCCACCGACCUCAAGAAGCGACUGAUGAUCAAGUUUGACGGUGAGGAUGGCCUGGACUACGGGGGUCUGUCCCGCGAGUUCUUCUUCCUCCUUUCGCACGAGAUGUUCAACCCAUUCUACUGCCUGUUCGAGUACUCAGCCCACGACAACUACACACUUCAGAUCAACCCCCACUCCGGCAUCAAUCCCGAGCAUCUGAAUUACUUCAAGUUUAUUGGACGCGUCGUGGGCCUGGCCAUCUUCCACAGGCGAUUCCUCGACGCUUUCUUCAUCGGUGCAUUGUACAAGAUGGUAUUGGGCAAGGCCGUGGCGCUUGCCGACAUGGAGGGUGUGGACGCCGACUUCCACCGCUCGCUGCAGUGGAUGUUAGACAAUGACAUUUCUGGCGGCAUCCUAGAGCAGACAUUUUCGACCGAAGACGAGCGUUUUGGUGUCUUGACGACGGAGGAUCUCAUCCCCAACGGCCGAAACAUUGAUGUGACCAACGAGAACAAGAAGGAGUACGUGGACCUGAUGGUCAAGUGGCGCAUCGAGAAGCGAAUCGCCGAGCAGUUCCAGGCGUUCAAGGAAGGUUUCCAGGAGCUGAUCCCCCAGGACCUCAUCAACGUCUUCGAUGAGCGUGAGCUGGAGCUCCUCAUUGGCGGCAUUGCUGAGAUCGACGUGGACGACUGGAAGAAGCACACGGACUACCGUGGCUAUACUGAGUCGGACGAGGUGAUUCAAAACUUCUGGACGACGGUCCGGUCGUGGGAUGGGGAGCAAAAGUCUCGACUACUCCAGUUCACGACAGGCACCUCUCGUAUUCCGGUCAACGGCUUCAAGGAUCUCCAGGGUAGUGACGGCCCGAGACGCUUCACCAUUGAAAAGGCGGGCGAAGUGGUCAAUCUGCCCAAAGCACAUACUUGUUUCAACCGAAUCGAUCUGCCUCCGUAUAAGAACAUGGAAACGCUGCAGCAGAAGCUGACGAUAGCGGUGGAGGAGACGAUGGGCUUUGGCCAGGAGUAGACGGCUUGAGCAAUGUACACUUGUCUCAUGGAAAGCAUUCACGAAGGUUGUUUGGACUUUACAUGCCCGCCCUUGCUGUAAUUCCCUCCGGCUGUCGAGGAGCUCUUUUCCACACUCUCUCGGUCCUAUAACUCUCCCCCGGGACCAUCAGCAUGCGUUUGCGCGGCACAAACUUUCGUUUGGGUACAACAUGUUUCCACUUUUGGUUGAAAGAGGCAGAGACGGCAGACAUUGGGACGUUUGGCGCUGGCGGGUCUUGUUUGAUGUUGAUGUUACUAGUAUGAAUCAGCGGGCAGAAAGCAGAAGGAUGCACCAGCAGAGAGCAGCAAAUCAUUUUAUGCCAUGAGCAACAAAGCAGACAUGUGCCUUGUGACGCGCGUGGCGAUUGAUGAAGGCGGGAGAGGGGGCCAUGGGUCUGGAGAAAGUAUGCCAGCGAGAAUGUCUGUGUAAGGGAGGUACGGAUGGAGAGAGGGCAGUGACUUGGUGACUGCAAGUAAAGGACGGCUACUUUUGAUGUUCUUGUUCCCUUGCAAGACCUCUUCUCGGU